AAUGAUUUCCAAAGCACACCUUAGUUUCAGAGUUGUAAAAUCAUAUGUGUCGUUGAAAAUCCUCGAAUCCCAAUGUGAACAGGAUCCAAGGCCAAGAGCAGGACCAAUGUUCUAUAAACGGAGAAGGGAUGAAGGUUGAAAAUUAGUAUCUCAUAACUCUUGGUUUUCUAAUAGCUAAUGGAUCCCAUCCAUUUUUCUAAAACUUGAGAAUGAGGAAGGACAACAUGGAACGAAUUCAGGAGAACAUCUGGGAACCGGGCAAUCCUUAAAUACCGGAAGAACAAGAGCAA